AUGGGUAGCGAAAGAAUUCAGACAAGCUUCCUCAUCAUCUCAGACACCCGUGACCUCGACCUCAGACAAUACUCUGGAGUUGCAACAGAUGGCGAACACAACCAAUUCGGCUUCAAACCCCUACCUCCAGUCGACGUUGUUCUCCAUUGCGGCAAUCUGACAGACAGGGGAGGCAUCGCCAACCACAUGCGAGCGCUAGAGGGACUUGCUAGACUUCCAGCAGAGCUCAAGCUUGUUAUUGCAGGAAAUCACGAUAUCGACCUUGACGAAAGAUCUUAUGCUAGAGCAAAGGACGGAGACACGACUAUUCCUGCUACCGUCAAGGACCUGUGGACGAAGAGUGAGCUCGCACUAAGUAAUAACAUAAAGUAUCUUGAGGAAGGUCUGCAUCAAUUCCAUCUCAAGUCUGGCGGCUCAUUUCUGAUUCAUGCUUCACCAUACACUCCAGGUGAUGGUGAAUCGGCGUUUCGAUAUCUACCCAACACAGACAGAUUCAACGGCACACUGAUCACGCCAGAGCAUUUCCAGAACGUAUCUUCACAGAACACAAUCGUUUCGGGCCACAUUGAUAUCCUCAUGACGCAUGGUCCUCCCAGGUGGAUUCUCGAUCAAGGCGACGAUAUUUACGGCUCGAGUGUUGGAUGUCAGCACCUUAGACGGGCAGUCCUCGGCACCAAGCCACGUCUUCACUGCUUUGGGCACAUUGAGAAGUCUUGGGGCGCUGUGCGAGGAAGGUGGACUGGCAUAGGUGAUCUCGGUGAAGGGAGCCUGAUUGUGAUGCCUCAGAUGACUACGCUAUCUGCUUCGAACAAGGCGAGAGGAUAUGCAGACCUGCAUCAAUCUGUCACAGAACAGCUGGAAUCAGGACAACAAACGCUUUUUGUCAAUGCGGCAGUGGGAAAUGAGGAUGGAAAGAUGAGAAAGGUGCCGUGGAUUGUGAACCUGCUCUUGAGGAAGAGAGAUGUUAAGCAAGAGUAG